AUGGUUUCUGCAGUUGCUGUUCUUCGUGGCGAUACCAAGGUUUCAGGUGUUGUUCGGUUCGAGCAGGCCUCCGAGUCUGAGCCCACCACUGUCUCAUGGGAGAUCACCGGUAACGACCCCAACGCUCUCCGCGGCUUCCAUAUCCACCAGUUCGGUGACAAUACCAACGGCUGCACUUCCGCUGGUCCCCAUUUCAACCCCUUCGGCAAGACUCACGGUGCUCCCGACGUCGAGGAGCGUCACGCUGGCGACCUGGGCAAUGUCACCACCGACGCCCACGGCGUUGCCAAGGGAUCCAAAAAGGACUCCUUCAUCAAGCUCCUCGGCGAGAACUCGAUCGUCGGCCGCACCGUAGUUGUCCAUGCCGGCACCGACGAUCUCGGCAAGGGCGGUAACGACGAGUCUGCCAAGACCGGUAACGCUGGCGGCCGCAAUGCGUGUGGUGUCAUUGGUAUCACCAACGCUUGA